CGUAAAGGCGACGCAGUCUUGUCAUUAGAUCAUAACCCGUGGUUUCAUUUCCUCCAUGUGUUGUCUAGAUGCAUGCAUGCAUGCAUUCAUUGCCCAACUGUGUGCCGAUUGCGAACGUGUCUCUGGGUUGAUAUCGGAUGUCAAGUCAUUUACUAGGUACAACUUAAUACAACUAAUGCAGUCAAAUAGAAAACGCCUGCAAGAAAUCCUACAUGGCUGACUAGUGUAAAAGUGGUUUUGACUCAACUUUAUUGUCAUUUUGUAUGUGUGAGGUGAUGUUGAUUGUAUUUAGCUACAGUAGCAGUCAAAAGUUUGGACACACCUUCUCAUUCAAUGGUUUUUCUUUAUUUUUAUUAUUAUUUUUUCUACAUUGUAGAUUAAUAUUGAAGACAUCCAAACUAUGAAGGAACACAUAUGGAAUUAUGUGGUAAACAAACAAAUGCUCAACAAACCAGAAUAUGUUUUAUAUUUUAGAUUCUCCAAAGUAGUUGAAUGAGAAGGUGUGUCCAAACUUUUGACUGGUACUGUAUAUUGACAUAUCUUACUCAUAGUCUGUACACCCUAUCUAUAUGAAUAAGGGUAGAAUACUUAUGAAACACUUCUAUCACACAGUAUGAUUUAAACAGGUAAUGUAAUGGAGGCAAAAGGGUAGUUUAGCUAUAUAUUUGACAUUGGUUCUGCAUUAAAGUAAACAUUCACAGUGCCAUUCAAAAUGCUUGAAUGUGAUAUUGUAAAAUAUAAAAGAAGAAAUGAUAGAAUUCAAUUCCUACAACCUCCAAAAUGACUUGCAUUUAACAACCAUUUUAACAAAAACUGAACAUUUAUACCCUUCAUGGAAGUGGGAUUUAUUGGAUUUCUGUUGUAUAAAACUGCAUUAGUUUUUAUCUUGGACCUAAUACACUGACAACUUUACGUAGUUGAUCACAAAACAGAAUGUGAAAAUAUAUCUGCUACAGCAACAUCUAGGCACACGCUACUCUGGGACGUACGUUUCUGGCGCCGUAUGUGGAAGUACAUUCUCUUGGCGAAUCUUUUAGAUCAAAAUGGACCCCGAGAUGGACUCGCAGCUGAAGAUUGGUUUCAUUGGUGCAGGAAACAUGGCCUUCGGCAUCGCAAAGGGCAUCUUGUCUGGAAAUGUUCUCCCUGUAAACGUCAAAGUAAGCGCACCAUCCUCCAGGAACCAUGGUCGCUUUCAGGAGCUCGGGGUUGCCGUCACUCACUCCAACAUAGAGGUGGUCUGCGAGUCAGACGUGGUUUUCGUAGCAGUCAAACCUCACCUGGUUGCCCCAGUUCUCAAUGAGAUCUCACAACACGUCACUGACCGACACAUUAUUGUGUCUGUUGCAGCAGGAGUAACACUGACAACAUUGGAAGAGCUCCUGCCAGAGAAUUCGGUUGUCAUCAGGCUUAUGCCAAAUCUCCCAUGUUUGGUUCAAGAAGGGGCUCUCCUGUUUUCACGGGGAUCCCAUGCGAAACAGGCGGAUGGAGCUCUGCUUCGCUCUUUGUUGCACCGCUGUGGUUUGGUGGAGGAGGGACCUGAGGCCUGGAUCGACAUCCACACCGGACUGAGCGGGAGCGGAGUGGCUUUUGUGUAUCUGUUUGCUGAAGCGCUGGCUGAAGGAGCUGUUAAAAUGGGAAUGCCAAGUGCUCUGGCACACAGCAUCGCAUCCCAAACUGUCCUGGGUGCUGGGAAACUGUUGCGUGAGUCUGGGAAGCAUCCAGCUCAGCUUCGCUCGGAGGUCUGCACCCCAGGUGGAACAACCAUCUACGGGCUUCAUACAUUGGAACAGGGCGGUUUGAGAGCAACCACCAUGAGCGCUGUGGAAUCUGCCACCGAGAGAGCCAGAGAGCUCGGCCAAAAGUCAGCAGCAGGAUCCAAGAAAUGACAGCUGCCUUUUGCCUUUAAUAACCACUCAAUGGACUUAAUUUAAGCCUUACAACAACAACUGACUCUUUGGCUCAAGGUCGACAUGGAACACAAAGACAAAGCAUGACUCCCGUUUCAUUCUCCUUUUAAAGAAGUGCUGUUCAUACUUAUUCUUUUCAUCUUUCAUGUCUUUGACCAGAGGGAUCAGUUGUGAACACAAAUGAACUGUUGGCUAAAUCUUUGACACCGACAAGUAAAUUAUUUGGAACAUGACCAUGUGUUUUCUUUUGAGACAAUGGCUACUUUUACAUGCACAUCAAUAAUCCAAUAUCUAAUGCAAGUAAGGUGUGGCCAAAUUAGAUUUUUGUUGUGGAUAUGGUAAUGAAAAUUAGAUGCACCAUACUUUUCUUUUUUUUUUUUUAAGCCACAUUUAUUGAAGGCCAUGUUGUCCUGUAAGUUUGAAUACAGAGGCAAGCAUUGAUGUCAUAAAGUAAUGUAGAGAGGCUCAUAAACUUUAUCAGUCAUUAAUCAAAAUCUACUCUAUCUUUAAUAGUCCUAAAGCAACUUUUCUAGUAAGCCUUACUAGCCAUGUAUUGAUCUAUUUAAUAAUAUAAAAAAAUAGUAUGUAAAUAUUUAGUCAAAUGAAGCGUACAGUAAACCUAAAUUUAAAGUCUGUUCAGUGGGUUUUCAUGUGUGCUGUGAAUCAGCUUCCUUUGUGUGGUGCCUUAGUCAGAGUUAAGUUGAGGUCUUGUGGACCUGUGCGAUAAUUGUAUCUGGAACCAUUUUGAUAGUAGAUUAUUAUUAUUAUUAUAAAUGUAAUAUUUAGGGGUUU